GGCGUGGCUUGUAAACUACCUGCAGCAGGUAGACUCGGGUUUCCCGCUGCUCUUCAGUCGUGUGGAUUGUUUUUUUGCUGCAGACUGAAGAUGAUUCACCUGAGCAGAUGAUCACCUCACCUGGAUCACCGGAAGGGCUUCUGAGUGUUUCAACAGUUGUUUCCCCACCAAGUUGGACGUGUUCAACUUUGUUUCCACGCUUCCUGAAAUGAGCUCCUCCAGCAGCCGCCCACAGAGGAGGAAACGCACAGAAGGAACUGAGGCUCACCAGUUAAGGUAAAGGUCAUGUGAUGUCAGGAUGCCUGGAUUCCCAGCGGACCCGCCCUUUUCUGAACUCCACGGUGGUGCCAUCCCAACCACUGAAGGAAGUGAUGUUGUGCCUGCAGAGGACGUGAGUGACAUGGAGCCGUUUCUGGAUCUGUCGGAGUCUCCGUUCCUUCCCACCUCGUCUCCACUGGAGCUGAAUGGGGAGGAAACGCGGCAAGUGGACGGCAGCUGGAGCCAAGAUGGAGACCUGCAGGGAUGUGGAUCAUUGGAGAGGAGGUGGGUCCUCUGGCAUCAGUUUAUGAAAGAACACGCCCUCCUGGACACCUGGCUGCGAUUGGCUGAGCAGGCUGUCAGUUCUUCCAACCCCGCCCACAUUACCUUUGUCACUGCCAAGGAAGAACAGAGGAAGUUUGAGAGGCUGCGGUGCGAGGCGGGAUCUCGGCUCGUCCAGUUAGACAGCCUGACCCGCAGGAACCGAGCGCUGACUCGGCUGUUUCAGGGGUCCAUGCAGGCUCGGCUGCUGGCGUCAACCAGAGAGUGUGGGCAACGAUGGGACAAUGUGAACGCCAAACUGGAAUCCAUCACCAGACAGCUGAAGCUCUUUGUCUCAGAGUGGGAGGGGUUUGAGGCAGAGAGGGACGAGCUUGCUCUCUGGUUGGCUGACCUGGACGUCCGUCUGACCGAGGUGGAUCACCAGACAGGAAACACCUGUGAAAAGCUGCGACGACUCCAGUCCUUCCAGCAGUGUGUGUGCGUUAACUCGGGCCGUGUGAACGCCCUGCUGGGGCGUGGCGAGGCGUUGAUCCAGCGCAGCCAACCGGCUGACGCUCAGCACGUAGAGAGCCGGCUGCUGGAACUGCUGCAGCGCUGCAGCCUCGUCUACAACAACAUCGCACGAACACACACCCGGCUGCUGAGCAUGAGACUGGUAUUUGAGGAUGACUGGAUUCUGUCUCAGGCUUCAGACUCUGGUUGUCCUUCAGAGGGUCUAUUAGAGGAAGAGGGAGCGCUUGAUAAGUCCAACCUGGACCUCCCUGCAAUUUCCAACCAUCCUAAAGAUUUCAGCCAGUCAGCUAACCUCGCCCUCGCCAUCUCCUCAGAUCCGCCUGAACCCAUGCACCUCCCUCCUCCUCCCUCCCCGUCCUCGCCUACCCAUGAGCACCUGGGGCUGGAGUGGGACCCCUCAGUUGACAUCGGACGUUCUGUCUCCCGUGACGACGCAGAUUCGUCGUAUUUCAGUAUCCGCACUGGCCUGUGUCACAGAGAUGGUCUGAAGAGGCGGAGCUACCUCAGCUCCCUCGGCUCUCAGUCCGAUAUCAGCAACGACAACCAGGAAGCAGAAUUGAGGGGUUGGACUCGGCUCAGUGGAGACCAGUGGGCGACCUCGACUCCUGACGGACAGCACAGCGAGCCAGUCGGCUUUGACGGCAGGCGUGUGAGGGCGUGGCUGGGAGUCCAGAGCCCCGCCACUCCAGCGAGGAGGACUUCCUGUUCCAAAGCUGUGCAGACUGAUGGGGAGGUGAAGGGUUACCUGCACGAAAGCCACAUCGACGCACUCAACCAGCUGCGUCCUCAUCUCAACAACAGCCAACAGCCUCUCCUGGCACCCUCCUCUUCACCGUCACAAGACCUAAACGCCUUGUCUGAUUGGAUGAAGUACCAAAAUCCAUCAAAUCCUCAGUGUGACCUCCAGCAGCAGGGCCCCUUCCUCUCUGCUCUCCCCGGCCCUCCUCUACGUCCUUCUGGUUGCAGCGCUUGCUCUCCUGGCCUGCCUGAUCUGGGUCAUCCUGGAGCCGCCGUGUCACCGCAGCAGCAGGUUCCCACGUGGCUUCCACCUAGCACUGAGCUACGUCAACGGACCCCCGCCUACAUGAAGACCACCCUCAUGAGUUCGGACAAAGCACUUUCCUCAGGCUCUGCAGAACGGAGGUUUGCAACUCAUCAUGAAAAUCUAGACAAUUCGCUCAUUUCAAUUAACCCACAAGCUCGACUCAGACAUCAAAGAUCUCUGCCAGAAAUCUGCAGGGAAUGCAGGAUGAAGACAGAUAAUUAGACCUCGAGUCAAGGUCAGCACUGAGGUCAAACGUGCUUCCGCAACCUCCGAAACAGCAGUUCUGCCCAUUUUCCAAUGUUAAUUUCCAUCAUUAUCCAUGUAGCUAACUACAAAUUAGCUCCUGUACGGGUUAAACUCGGGCAGCUUUAUUGUUCUAGGGAUGUAACUGUCAACGAUAGGCAUCAGUUAAUGGUUUUAACCACAGCUGUUACUAUUUUUCUCCCGACAGUUAAGAAGAAGCACGAGUGAAAUGUCCUGAAAGGUCUGAAUGUCACUGAAAAAGGGGGGGAAAGAUGUUUUUUUCUUAAAACAUAAAUGUUUGGCCAGUAAAGUGAGACCAUCCCAGCAUGUUUCUGUGCUGUUUACAUCAUUUCAAAAAAGAAGAAAAAAAGAGGCAGCAUCAAGAAAGAAUGCUUUGAUUGCAUUGGACACCUCUGAAAUAAUGUUCAUCCUUGACCUUGAAAUUAGUCAUUUGAAGUGGAAACUAGAGGUCUGAUGGCAGCUGGUAACAGUCGAUGGUACAUUGUGAUAAAAUCAGCCAUUUGCUUAACAUUUUUAAACUCCUGAAAGCUGGAAAAAAGGCUAUGAUUCAAGAAAAAAAACGACUCGGUCACUGAUCAUGAUGUAUACAAUAAGCUCCUUUUCUUUUUUUCACUCCACACCCGGUACCUUGCUCCUGUCAAUUCCAGCUUUCAUUCUGCGUGUAGUUCUUUCCUAUAAUCCUCAUUUCCAUUAAACACAGUAUGUAACACACAAUGUGUUAUCUUAGAUUGUCAUUUUUGCUCAGUGAAAGCAUUUGUAGUAUCGUCUGGUUAAAGAUCCACACUAGUACUGGGUUUAGUUCAGAGUUGGAACGUCAAUGUUGCUCGCAACAACCAAAGUGUUAGCUUUGGUGUUGCAGGAAAGUUGAAUGCCUUAUGAGGGUAAAUAAUAGAAGUAUAUACACUGUUUACCCAGUAUUUGACAUUGUUAUUUUAUUUUUAUAUUCUAAACACUGAUGGGUUUGACCAAUGAGAAUGUGUCUUAGUCUGAAGUCUGACUUGUAGGGUUGUAUAUUUCUGUUUUUCCAGAUAGAAACGCAGCACUAGCGCUGUAGGGAGGUCACGUUCAACAACACUUUCAUUACUCACGUUAUUAUGUAAAACAUUUAAUGAGGCUUACAUAUGAUAUAUCUUUAAACUGCUAUCAGUGCUAAUGUAGCUAAAGCUAACGCAUUGCAUGCAGCUGACAAGCUUUUCCAUAAAUGACUGCUUUGUUUGAUGCCAUUCAUGUCAUAAUUAUGAAGUGUUUUGUACGUAAUUUAAAUCACUACCUGCCUUGUUACAUCGUGAUAGCACUUCAAAUCGACUUAAGAUAUUUUAUAACAAAGGCCUGAAAGGGAAGUGUUUAAUGAUAUAUCUUUUUCCGUCCACUAACAGUGUCAUCGAUGUCACGCACCAGCUUUAAGAAGGCGCUGUCUGCUUUAUUAUUUUGUGUUUUAAGUGAUUGGAGAGUUUCGGUAAACUGAAUUGAAUUUAGCUUUGGUUCAGACACCCAGUGCGUCCUCACAGGCUGUGGUUUGACCUGCUUUUGUCAUAUGAUGAUUGGACAUUUUUGAGUUUAUGAUGUAGUUUCAUGACUGACUUUCUCAGGGGAACAUUCACGUUCCCUAAAAAAAAAAAACUGUUAAACUUGACUUUAGCCGGCUGCGUUAUGAUGAUGGUGAAAACGUACAUUUUAAGGCUUUCAGAGGUCUGACAAUGUCAUAAAUAAAAGGGAACUUGAUAAGUCAACUGCAUCUAAAACAUUUCACUUUUUAUUGUCUAAUUAUUUUCUUGAUCAUUGUUUAAUAUUAAAAAAAAAACAGAUAUCACGUCCAAUCAAAUGUUCUUGCUUUUGUACAUGUGUUUGAAGACAAUAAAAUGAAUUGUAUGAAA